AAUCAGCCCAGGAGAGUGAGGAUGAUGAUGCUCACGCCGAGCAGCUGGUCGAGGUAGCCGAAACACGAAAUGAGGAGCAGAAGACAGGGUUAAACGAAGUUGAGGAGACAGCCACGCAUGAAAACCGCGUCGAAGUCGAUAAGAGUGAAGAAGUCGCCGAGGAA